CUCCUGCAAGGGGCUGUUGCACGGUCGAGUAGCAGCGUCGUAAGCAUAGCAACAACAUGGCGGCCGCCGUGCGAUCGCAGGUCAUUUCUCUGUACAGAAUGAUGCUGACGGAGAGCAAGAAGUUCCCCUCGUACAACUACAGGACCUAUGCACUGCGGCGGGUGCGUGAUGCCUUCAGGGCCAACGGGGCAUUGGAGGAUCCGAGAGCUGUGGAGAGACUGGUGGUGGAGGGACAGCAGACACUGGCUUUGAUAAAGAGACAGGUGUCCAUCGGGAGGAUGUACGCAACCCAGAAGAGCGUCGUGGACGACUGACCCCGGCAAACAGGGCACAGAUGCAUUGUGGGAGACGGCUGACGGGCGAAGCUGUGGAGUUUAUUUUUUCUGAUUAUUGAUCGAUGCAUAAAUGUAUAGAUAUAUUGAUGAUGUUCUAAUAAGAAAUGGCUCAGACAGUAACGAUCAGAACGUAUUGAUCUGAUUUAUGUCUUUUUUUUAACGCACAAGUCGUGUAAUUAUCUGAACUAUAAAAGAACUACGAUAUUCA